CCGCAACUUCCUCACUUAGCCCACCUUCCAAAUUUGCAUGCACUCUUCUUCUCCCUCCUCCUCCCAACACUUUGCCUCUCGUUCAACCUGGCCAGCCUCUCCUGCAAUAAAAUCCCUCUAAGUUGCUCCCAUUAUAUAGAGAAAUUGCUGAUUUUUCUCAUCAUCAUCAUCGACAUCUACACUUUGGUCCAUUCUAGGAAUAUUCGAAUUUGCAGUGGAACUGUAUUUUUCAGUAAUUGUUUCUACAUAUUGAACACUCUCAUUGCUUUAAGUAUGGCUGUCGUCCCUUCCUGCUGCUUCCACUUGCUUGCUCUGUUCUUGGGCCUCUCUCUUGUCUCCACUUUUAGAGGUGCAUCAUGUGCUACCUUCACCUUUGUGAACAAAUGCAACUUCCCGGUGUGGCCCGGGAUCCUAUCUGGCGCGGGCAGCCCCCCGCUGGAAACCACGGGCUUCGAGCUCGCCAAGGGCGGGUCCCGCUCCCUACAGGCGCCGAGCGGAUGGUCGGGGCGGUUCUGGGGCAGGAGCGGGUGCUCCUUCGACAGCUCGGGCCGGGGCUCGUGCGCCACGGCCGACUGUGGCUCGGGCGAAGUCGAGUGCAAUGGAGGCAAUGCGGCCCCUCCAGCCACCCUGGCGGAGUUCACUCUAGGAGGGUCAGGGUCUCAAGAUUUCUAUGACGUUAGUCUUGUGGAUGGUUACAAUUUGCCCAUGGUCAUUGAUGGCACUGGUGGUUCUGGUAAAUGUGCGUCCACAGGGUGCAUGACGGACCUCAACCGCCAGUGCCCAGCAGAGCUCAGGGCCGCCGCCGGCGCGGCAUGCAAGAGCGCCUGUGAGGCCUUCGGGAGCCCUGAGUACUGUUGCAGCGGCACGUACGGCUCGCCUUCAGCUUGCAAGCCAACUCUCUACUCCCAAAUCUUCAAGACGGCUUGUCCCAAAUCAUAUAGCUAUGCCUAUGACGAUGCCACCAGUACUUUCACCUGUUCUGGCGCGGACUAUACCAUCACAUUUUGCCCUAAUUCACCAAGCAUCAAAUCUGCAACAGACUCCUCUCCCAAAAGCGUACAAGCUGCAGAUAACUCAGCAACAGCCGGGUCCGGAUCAGGGUCGGAUUCAACCCAAGACACAGCAUUUGCCAAUUCAUGGCUAGCCAAUUUGGCCACAGGCGAUUCGCCACGUGGUCCUCCUUCCUCAAUUAUUGGGUUCACACUGACCGUAGCAGCCAUCUCUCUCUCCCUCUUGCAAUUUUUGUAGUCAGACAGGAGUACAUAGAAGAGACCAAAAUGAGCUGGCUAAUCACCUUUUGAUGAAGAGAAAGUAGCUGAAUCCAGAUUGUAAACUACCCACUUCCUAAUUAUGCACAACCGAUGAUUAUAGCUUUACAUUUCAUCAUGUCUUAAACUAUGUAAAGCAUUUUGUUUGGAUGUAAGAACGAAAAGGAGUAUGCUCUUAAAAGAAUUUUAUAUACAGUUUGUUGUACCA